AUGACCAACAACUACUACAGUCUUCCAUCGCGAACAAUGCCGGAUCUGGUGGCUAUUUUGGGCUCAGAAAAUGCCAAACAACAAUUUCCAAGGCACUCUGGAAAUCUUGGCUACAAUGUAAAACAAUUUAGUAAUUGUCAGACACCGUACGUUCCGCAGAUGUAUGGCAACUUUUAUCAGAAACAACGAUUUAUGCCCUACCCGAAUCGCAUCCAAACUCAGCCUAAUCAGAGCAACCAUUUCCAGCAAAUGUGCACUAAUGUCAGCUACAUAAAUGGUAACGGAGUUAACGGAGCCAAUGGAACGGGCAAUAAGUCACUGAACUCCUCGCUUAAUAGUAGCUGCUCUGACUCUGGGAAGAACUCUACAUUUUACAGUGGUGGAAGUAACAGCGGUAGCAACUCUAGUAACACUAGUCAGUGUAGCACUGGUAGUAGUGGUGGCGGAGCCGGAAACGUGUAUAACUACCCUUACGGACCUAUGCAACCGGCGGCAAUGGAUACUAAGGAGAUGGUCGUAUUGCAAAUAAGUAAUCUGGAUCCUUCAAUCGAAGAGCACAAAAUGCAUCAAUAUCUACUGUGUCAACUAAAAUCUAUCACACCUGUUCUAUCGUUGACCAUUGAAAGUCCUUCGCUGGCGAAGGUGAAAGUCCCCUCAGCUCAAUUUGCCAAGCUGGUGGUUGCAAAUCUUCACCGCAAGAAGAUCGGCCAUAAGCGCAUGGUUGUUUCCUAUAUAAAAGAUCCGUCAUCUGCAGAAUCCUCCGCUCUUCGGUGCCAGGUCGCUGGUUUGCUGAAAGAUGUUCCUUUAUAUAGUCUACCCAUCAACAAGUUUCGUGAAUUGUUUCAAUCACGGUUCAAAUCUUCGAUCAGUGUUUUAGAUCUGUACCGAAUGCCGGACGUGUGCACCAUUACGCUGGACAAAAACGAAGAGAAGUUCAUCUGCUUGCAGCCGGAUGUGAUCAAUUCCCUGCAAAACAACCCGUUGAUCGAAUCGUCGCAGCACAGUGUUCCUUACUGCAUAUACCACUUUAAGCAGGAAAAGGAAAAGGGUUGGGCAGAGCAAGAGAUCGAACCGCUGCCCAACGUUAUGAUGAGCAUAAGCCAGCUGCAGUCAGUUAUCUAUUCGCUGCUUAAAACCCACAAGGAUGACAUUCCGGUAGCCAGCAUCCUGUACUGUAUCGAAAAUGAGUUAAAGAUGAAAAUAACACCAAACGAUGCCGGAGUUCCGCUGGAGCAUUUGCUGUGCUGCAUCAGGGGGGUACAAAUCGUUAACAAUAAUUUCGGAAUCAAAGUGCUUACUUGGUUGGAUCAUGAGCUUAAUUCCAUCAAGGAUAACGAUGAUGCCUCCUCGGUUAACCUUCGCUAUAUGCCAAAAAGCCCCAGCAACGAUUUCCUGCAGCAGAUUUCACGUGAGGUUGUCGAGCUGAUCAAGAUGUCUCCGAAGUCGACAAUGAAAUUUACCCGCUUCAUUCCGGCCUAUCAUAAUCACUUCGGAAAGCAAUGUCGUGUAGCCGACUAUGGCUACACCCGGCUGAUCGAACUGUUUGAAGCCCUUUCUCCGGUAGUUCAAGUGAUGGGGGAUGGCGAAAACCGUCAGAUUACGCUUACGCAUCGUACCCAGAUACGGCGUUUUACCGGUGAUCUGUUGAAAAUACUGCGAACACAGGUGACCAAGUCAAUUCUGUUGUCGCAAUUGCCGAUCAUAUUUUCGCAGGCUCAGAAUAGGAUUUUCGAUGUCACGGACUAUGGGGUGUGCGAUAUCUUUGACAUCAUAGAUGGAUUGGUGUACAACAAUUCGAUUGUGACUAAAGUGUACAACGAAACGGAUGUCCUGAUAUCGAUCGUGAAGCGGAAACAAACGCCUAUGGAACUGGAAAAGACGUGCAUCUUUGCUGGAGAAGUGGUUGAACUGUUCAAAAACGCACCGCAGUAUUCGAUUUUGUUUAAAAAAUUUGUCAGAUCUUAUCACUAUCAUUUUGGGUACCAGUGCCGAUUGAGUGAUUACGGUCUGAUGAAGUUAGCGGAUCUAUUGGAGGCUAUAUCCGGAGUAGUUGAGAUGGAACAAAGCAAUGAUGAGGACAGAAAAAUAUUCCUGAAUAAUCGUAUGGCGAAACGUAUUUUUGCUGAACAAGUGCAAGACAUCAUCAAACAUUGCUGUGGAAAUAGUACAUCGAUGAUUCGUUUGAGUGAGAUACUCAAUUUUCAUAAAAGUAAAUACGGCUACCAGCUUCAACCAUGUUGCCUAGGAUUUUCCAACAUGUACGAUGCCUUCAAGGCCCUUCCCUAUAUGGAAAUCUAUGAGUCCGGCAAUGACUGCAUCGUAAUAUCACAUAUGGAAGAUCCGGUGUUCCGAAUGCGAUCCUACGCUGCCUGCGUGUGUAUUUUGGACUCCAAUAGAGAUCGCAUGCCGCUCGGUGAUUUUCUCCGAAUCUACUUGACCAAAUUUAAGGAAAACUUGUCUGAGAAACAAAUUUUUGCCAUGAAGCAUGCUAUAACGAUUGAAUUAGAGAAGGGAAACCAAACUGUGACGCUGACAGCGAUGAUGAAGUUUAUCGUUCGCAUCAUACAGGUGCUCAAGCAGCGAAGCCCUAUGAAUGUGAUGGAUCUAAAGCAUGCUCUAAAUAUGUCGCUUGGCACGUGUUUUGAGUUUGGCUAUCCCAAUAUAUCUUCGCUUAUUGGUGCUUUUCCAGACAUAUUUGUCGCCAGUAACAAUUACGUUCAUGAAAGAACUGACAUUGAACUGAAUCGUGACUGCAUUUUGAUCAAGGGCUGUUACUUUUGCGAUGAAAAAUCCUCCCCGGUAAAGGAUAGGAUGAGCGUAACCGCAACUAACAGUUCCACUCCGGCGAGCAGUAAAACGCUUGUAAACGAGCAAAAAUUAUCCUCCGCUUCGAUGACUAAUGAUUUCAGAAAUUUGUUCUAUAGUCACCAGGAGGCAAUUGCUCAGCAUCAGAUGCUCCAACAGCAGCAACAGAUUCAGAAACCUCUCCAACCAUUACAUCCUUCACAGCAGGUGAACCAUCAACCACCGGUUCCGUUUUAUCCUAACAACCGUUUCAACACUCCCAUGUUGAACGGAAACUAUAAUAUGGCAGCGAUGGGUCCUUCUGCUACGGCUUCUUCGGCAUCUUCUGUAGCCCCGGCACCCGCCGACAUGAUGGCUAGCCAUAAUCAGUCACUGAUUAUGAAAAACCACAAUAAGGAGAACCUAUACCAUGGUUACGAUGAAAUGCCACAAUUGCGAUUACAGCAGCAGUUCCAACAGAUACAACAUCCUCCACAGCAAACCGCUAACGCGCAAGUAAAAUUCACUGCUAUGAGCGCGAAUAUGUGUGCCACUUCCGGUAACGCUGCAGCGAUGGCCGUGAAUAUGUCCGGAACAGGUCGAGAACAGUCACAACUCACGGGUAGUUCAGCAAUGUCAGUGUCGUUGGCUGCUACCGCAAGUGUCUUGCAGAACUCUACGAGCAAAUUAUAUGAACGUAGACAACAAUCAACAGCAAAUUUACAAUAUCUUAAUUGUAAUAGCAUGGGAUACGGACUUUUGUCGGAGUUCUACGAGCCACCGAAACCGGACACACCACCAUCGCGGAACGUCCCCUACUGGAUUGAUCCGAUCUGGACCAGCGAUUCGACUCCAGUCGCCGAAAAGGAGCAAUCAGUGGCUAUCACUGAUGAACUCCUUAACAUUCCGCUGCCACAGCUAAAGACGUACAACAAGCUGCCGAUCCUUUUAACCCCUUAUGUUCUAUCGCUGACCAACAGCUCGUCCUUUUCGUUUGAUAUCGAUAAAUCUAAACAGAUUUAA